CGAAUUAUGAGUCGUCUUUACACAUUAGAAGAUGAAUAGCUAGAUUAUGGUUUAGAUUAUGAAAGUGUCUUAGUAAUUAAAGAACUUGAUUAAAAAAAGUAAGAUAAGACAAAUGACAAAGAUCUAUAAUAAUUUUUAAGUCUUUAAUUUUAUAGCAGACAUCAAUAAUAACAAAAAUCAUCAAUUAAUUUAAGGAGUAUUUAAAGAUUAAUAACUGAACAAAAAGAGAACAAUAAAAAAUUAAAAGAGAAUAAACCAAUCAAUUACAAAAUUAAGACUCCAUCCUUAAAACCAUAUUAAGGAUCAAUUAUUACACCAAAAUGUUAAACAAAAACACCUUAACUUUCAAAAACAAUUAAAUCGACAAUUACUAUUACGCCGUUAAAUUUUAAGGAUUCUUUACAAAAAAUUAAAUUGUUAGUUUCUAAAUAACAAUAAAAACAUUAGUUAGACUUUAGCAAAUUUAAAAAGUCAAUAUAUUGA